UUUUUCUUCCUUUUCCGGUAUGACGUGCCACGGGUGUCUGGGUAAUAUUUUUCGUCUUUCAUUCUGGUUAUGAUACAUUAGUAUCAACGUCUGCAAAAAUACAAGCUGCUUUUCAUUGGACCGGGUAAACUUAUUUCUUUCAUUAGAAAUACUUUUUUUACAUAUAAAACAUUAAGGUAUUCUAAUUUAAUUCAAUAAAUUUCUCUUUUAUCUCUACCCAAUCUGAUGGAAAAUGACAGCUUUUAGAUAUUAAGUUGCUUUAUAAAAACGCUUAUUCAUUUUGCAUGGUGACACCAUUAACGGUCAUCUACUUAAGCACUGUUCAGUUUCAAUAUAUCAUACAGUUCUAUGGUUACAUCGUGAUAAAUGAGAUUAAGUCUCUGAGCUCAAAUAGGAUGUGUAUUCACAGUUGUUAGAGAAAAAAUUGUGGCUUUGUACAUAUUUUUCACAUUGAAAGCGUAAGUUUGAUUAAAUCAAUAUUUUAGUUACAUAAUACCAUAUAUUUGUUGAGUUUUUACGAAAAAUUUCAUUAUUACAAGUAGAAAACAUCAAAAUUCAAAAUGUGAAAAUGGAUAUUAAUGAAUUCUACUGCAUGAUUUGCUUGAUCGUCGUAAUUGCGCAUACACAGAGCAAUUGAAAAACCGUCGCCUGUCGCCAGGCAUUCUGGGUAAAAUUUCUGUGAGUAAUCAAAAUGGCUGUCAUACAACAUUUCCGUUUUGUAACUACGUUUUAACGGAAUUCGUCAAAAUAUUAUUUUUGAUGAAUUUUCUUCGAACGAAGUGAAGAAGUAUGAAUGCAUAUUUGAUCACGGAACAUAUUUUCCCAGAUUGUUUAUAUUAUUGUUUAUAAAACAAUUUUUCUUAGAUUGUACAGGGCGUUCGUUUUAGCGAGGGGUAUAGAUGAAAAGGAGGGUGGGAGAAGUGCGCGCGCGUUGCAUGAUGGGACGACGGUCGGGGAGGGCGAAAGAACGAGUCGAGUUCACAAAAUGGCGGCCAAGCUCAGGCCCGUGACCAUAUAGUACGUGAAAAUUCGAUAAUUUUGCACGAUGUCGCGACUUUGUACAUCAAUAGUCGUUUGAUAUUACGAAUACGUGUAUACACGGUAGUUUAAUUAUUAAAUUAACUUGAUUUUGUGCGUGGUGUGUGUAAGAUUGAGAUUUCGGUGUGACGCGCAGACGGAACGAUGCAGAAAACAUUAGAAUCUGAGUCUGGUAAAGAAUCUGGAUCUGAUUCUGAAAAUGAAAGUAAGAGUGAUAGCUCUUCUUCAGGGAGCAAUACAGGAUCUGGCUCAGGAUCAGAAAGUGACUCUAGCUCCUCAAGUGGUUCCGGGUCUGGAUCAGGUUCUGAUUCUGAUAAAUCAGAGAAGUCGGAUGCACCUGCACAAAGUGAUAGCUUCCAGAGCAAAAGUUCAAAUCACAGCACAGAAACAAAAGUUAGGCUUAAGAAUGAGUCUAGUCGCGAAUGGGAUGAAAAUCCUGACAUAUAUGGCAUCAGGAGAUCCGGGCGUUCUAGGAAAGAGCCUGAAAGGCUUGCUCCACAACGUGAAAGCGAUAGCGAUAGUCGCAAGAAAUAUAAAAAAAGGGGUUCACACAAUUCGUGGAACUCUGAAAGUUCAGAUUCCGAAUCUGAGGAUGCUGAAAACCGAAGACCUCCACCUAGUAAAUCGUUAAAUAGACGUGCAGCACAAAAAGCAAAAGAGAAAGCUAGGGCUCGAAAGAAACGGAUUUCAGAAUCAUCUGAAAAUUCUUCUUUUGAUAGUGAUGAUAAUAGAAGACAAGUUACAAGAAGAAGUGGUACCUCAAUUAGUUAUAAGGAGGAAAGUGAAGAGAGAACAGAUAGUGAAGAUUUAGUGGAAGUUGAUGAAAGUAGCACUACAAAUGCAGAACCAGACAAUGCAGAAACAAUUGAACGAAUUUUAGGUCAAAGACUUGGUAAAAAAGGAGUAACAGGGAAUGUUACAACAAUAUAUGCUGUUGAAGAAAAUGGAGACCCAAAUCCAGAAGAUUUAUCCAAUGAAGAAACUGAAAUGCAGUAUUUAAUAAAAUGGAAAGGAUGGUCUCAUAUACAUAAUACAUGGGAAUCAGAAGAAUCUUUAAAAGCACAGAAAGUAAAAGGGUUAAAGAAAUUAGAUAAUUUUAUUAAAAAGGAACGAGAAAUUAAACAAUGGAGAGAUUAUGCUGGACCUGAGGAUGUAGAUUAUUUUGAAUGUCAAUUAGAACUUCAACAAGAUCUUUUAAAAAGUUAUAAUAACGUUGAAAGGAUUAUUGCUGAAUUCAAUAAACCCGAUUCAGAACAUCCAGAUUAUUAUUGUAAAUGGGAAAGUUUGCCAUAUGCUGAUGCUACGUGGGAAGAUGGAGCAUUGAUCGUUAAAAAAUGGCCAGAACAAAUUAAAGAAUUUCGUGAACGAGAAGAGUCGAAGAGAACACCGAGUAAACAUUGCAAAGUUCUCAAAUCACGACCCAAGUUUCAUCAGUUAAAAGGUCAACCAGAAUAUAUGGGGAAAGGACGAGAUUUAACUCUGAGAGAUUAUCAAAUGGAUGGAUUGAAUUGGAUGAUUCAUUCUUGGUGUAAAGAAAAUAGUGUUAUUUUAGCAGAUGAAAUGGGUCUUGGUAAAACUAUCCAAACAAUAUGCUUCCUUUAUUAUCUGUUUCACACACAUCAACUGUACGGGCCAUUUUUAUUAGUAGUUCCUCUUUCAACAAUGACUUCCUGGCAAAGAGAAAUGUCACAGUGGGCUCCAGAUAUGAAUUUCGUAACAUAUUUGGGUGAUGUUACUUCUCGUAAUGUUAUUAGAGAAUAUGAAUGGUGUUACAGUUCAAAGAGAUUAAAAUUUAAUGCCAUACUUACAACAUAUGAAAUAGUACUUAAAGAUAAAGCAUUUUUGGGUGCCUUAAACUGGGCGGUAUUGUUGGUAGAUGAAGCGCAUAGAUUGAAAAACGAUGAUUCGCUUUUGUAUAAAGCACUCGCUGAAUUUCAUACAAAUCACCGUCUCUUAAUAACGGGUACUCCAUUACAAAACAGCUUAAAAGAAUUAUGGGCCUUACUACACUUCAUAAUGCCUGCUAAAUUUAAUUCAUGGGAAGAAUUCGAAAAAGAGCAUGAUAACGCCGCUCAGAAAGGAUAUUCUAAGUUACACAAACAGUUAGAACCGUUUAUUUUACGACGUGUUAAAAAGGACGUAGAAAAAUCUUUACCUGCUAAAGUUGAACAAAUUUUGCGUGUAGAAAUGACAUCUCUACAAAAACAAUAUUAUAAAUGGAUAUUAACAAAAAAUUAUAAUGCAUUACGAAAAGGUGUUAAAGGUUCUACCAUGACGUUCCUAAAUAUCGUGAUCGAGUUAAAAAAAUGCUGUAAUCAUGCCUUUCUCACAAAACCGACUGAAAGUGAAAGAAGAGAUAGUAACGAAGAUUACUUACAACAGCUAAUUCGUGGCUCUGGGAAAUUAGUCCUUCUUGAUAAAUUGCUGGUGAGAUUACGUGAAACUGGCCAUAGGGUAUUAAUAUUUAGCCAAAUGGUCAGGAUGUUAGAUAUUCUCGGCGAAUAUCUACAAAAGAGACAUUUUCCAUUCCAAAGAUUAGACGGAAGUAUAAAAGGAGAAUUAAGAAAACAAGCGUUAGAUCAUUUUAAUGCUGAAGGUUCACAGGAUUUCUGCUUUUUAUUAUCAACCAGAGCAGGUGGUCUUGGUAUUAAUCUCGCUACCGCUGAUACCGUUAUUAUUUUUGAUUCAGAUUGGAAUCCACAAAAUGAUUUACAGGCACAAGCUAGAGCACAUCGUAUUGGACAAAAAAAUCAGGUAAAUAUUUAUCGCUUGGUAACAAAAAAUUCUGUGGAAGAAGAAAUAGUUGAAAGAGCAAAGCAAAAAAUGGUUCUGGAUCAUCUUGUUAUUCAACGGAUGGACACAACUGGUCGAACAGUAUUAGACAAAAAAAGUCCAGGGACCAAUAAUAAUCCAUUUAAUAAAGAAGAUCUAAAUGCUAUUUUAAAAUUUGGUGCUGAAGAUUUAUUUAAAGAUGAAGAAGACGGAGACGAAGAGCCAACUUGCGAUAUCGACGAAAUUCUGAGAAGAGCAGAAACAAGAGACGAAGGGCCGUCAACAGUAGGAGAUGAAUUGUUAUCUGCUUUCAAAGUAGCUAGUUUCGCUGCGUUCGAAGAGGAAUCUGAACCCGUUAAUCAACCUAAUGAUAACGAUGAUGAAAGCAAAGAUUGGGCGGAAAUUAUUCCUGAAAAUUUUAGAAAGAAAGUUGAAGAAGAAGAAAAAUCGAAAGAAAUGGAAGAUUUAUACCUACCUCCGAGAAGUCGAAAAACAUUGCAGCAGAUUAAUCAAAGCGGAGAAGGAAGGGGCAGAAAACGUAAGAAACUAUCUGCCGAUGAUAGCGAAGAGGGUGAAGAUUCCGGAAGUGAGGCUGAAGGUAGCGACGAUGAACGUCAAAAGAGAGGUAGACCGAGAGUUACACCUCGAGAAAAUAUAAAAAGCUUCACCGAUGCAGAGAUACGAAGAUUCGUUAAGAGUUACAAGAAAUUCCCAGCACCGUUGAAACGAUUAGACGACAUAGCAGCGGAUGCUGAGUUACAAGAGAAACCAAUGUCAGAAUUGCGUUUCUUAGGAGAUCAGUUGAAAUCUAGAUGUGAAGCUUGUCUAUCUGAAUUUGAAAGUACUGCAAAAGAAAAUAAAGGAGAAGAAGAGGGUAAAGGUCCUGGUCGUAAAAGGGGUAGAGGCCCUACAUUUAAAAUCGGCGGUGUUAUGGUUAAUGCUAAGUCUUUCUCGGCUGCUGUCAAAGAACUGGAACCUCUAGAACAAGCUUUACCGUCGGACUCCGAACAACGAUCCAAUUGGCAUCUUGAUAUUAAAUUAAAACCAGCAAACUUUGAUUGUGAUUGGAAUUCUGAAGAUGACUCUAGACUUUUGAAAGGCAUAUAUCAGCAUGGGAUGGGUUCAUGGGAAGCAAUUAAAAUGGAUAACAGUCUUAAGCUCGGUGAUAAAAUUUUCCCAAAUGGUAGUAAACUUCAAUUAAAAAAAGUAAACGCUCGAGCCGAGUACCUAUUAAAAGUACUCAAAAAACAGAUGGAUUCCAAAUUAGGAGUGGCUAAAAUAAGAAAACCGAGAAAACCGAAGGAAGUUAAAACUGCUAUUACAAAAGAAAUUAUAGAAGAGAAUGAUAGCUCAGGCGAAGAAAGUAGUAAAUCAAAAUUCAAAAGCGAGAAGGCGCCUGUAAAAAAAGAAGAAGAAGUUAUAGUGAAAAAAGAAAUUAAAGAGGAAGUUGAAGAUGUAAUUGAAGAAAAAAAGAAGGAAAAGAAAACCAAAAAGGAAAAGAAAGAAAAUAGAAAAGCUAAAAAGAGUAAACAAGCUGCGGGUCCGAUGCAUUUUACUGCUAACAAUGAACCAAGAGCUUUGGAUGUCCUUGGCGAUUUAGAUCCUUCUAUAUUUAAUGAGUGUAAAGAAAAAAUGAGACCAGUAAAAAAGGCGCUAAAAGCUUUAGAUAGACCUGAUCAAUCUUUGAGCGAAGCAGAACAAGUUGCCCAUACAAGACAGUGUCUUGUACAAAUUGGAAAUCAAAUUAAUACUUGUCUAGAAGAAUACAGAGAUCCAGAACAAAUUAAAGAAUGGAGGAGCAAUUUAUGGUAUUUUGUGUCUAAAUUUACAGAGUUUGAUGCAAAGAAACUUUACAAAUUAUAUAAACACGCGACGAAAAAAGGAGGUGAAGGCAAUACUAGUGCUACAUCCAGUCCAGAAAAGAAAGACGAGUCGAGUAGUACAAAGAAGUAUAGUGAUAAACAUAUCGAUAAACAACAAAUAGAAAGUAGUAAAGAAAGCAGAUUACCAAAACGUAGAAUUGAAGAUAUGGAAGAAAAUUCUAAUAGUAGUACACCAAGUAAAAAACAUCUAUCAGCUAUAUCUGCUGUAAACAGCAUUAACAGUAACUCAACGGUUACUAUUGGUGCUAUCACUAUUACACCUAUCACGUCGACUCCAAAUUCUACAUCAAGUACCACUAAUAGCGUGGAUACACCGCGACACAAAGAAAAGGAAUCAAAACACAAAGACGUGAAAAGAGACAGAGAACGUGAUAGAGACAGAGAUCGAGCACACAGUGAUCGAAGUAUGGAUAGAAUGAGUGGAGGAAAAGAUGAGAGAAUCAGAAGAGACAGUGGAGGUUACAGUAUAGGUGGACAUUAUAGUGGUAGUAGGGAAGAUGACCAUUGGUUAUCACGUGACGGAAGAGAUAUGCGGGAUGGAAGAUUUGGAGACCAUAAACGUGAUCGUUUUGAUUCUUACGGACGAAUGUCUAGUGGAUACCACCGGGACAGAGAUAGAGAACGCGAUCGCAAUAUGCAUAUAAACGAUAAACGAAGUGAUUAUUAUAGAUAUGCAUCGGGACCGCCAAGUUAUGGAUAUGGUCCAGGAGGAUAUGGGGGUGGAGGUGGUGGUGGUUAUCCACCAUCUGAUAUUCCACCAAGUCAUUUUAGGGGUCGUGGUUACCCUGGAGACAAUUAUCCUAGUGAUUGGCGGCCAAACAAAGAUUAUAGACGAGAUUACGACAGAAGACCACCUCCUCCAAAUGCUAACUCCUAGUGCUCCUUUCUUGUUACCGUUCUCGAAUGUGUUAUUGAACGGCUGUCAUUCUUUAUGGAGCCUUUAUUGUUUUACCUGACUGAGCAUUGUACAUUAUGCUCGCUUAAACGUGGCUAUAUGCUAACUUCAUUACACAGUUUAUUCUGUGAUUUAGUACCACUUGUGACUUGUAUCUAUGUAUAAAAUCUAUUCCAAUGCUUACUUAAAUAUGCAAAACGAUUGUACUACGAUUGAAUGGUCUUUUUAAGACUUUAUCUGGAGAGGUUGUGCACAGAUAACAAGCUGCUACAUUUUAUUAGUAUAUAAUUAAUAUUUCUUCUUUUUUUCAUAUAUGUCAUUUCUUGCAAAACAAUGAUAUCGAAUUUUUAAGUUUAUAUUCACUAAUUUUUUUUUCUACACAUGAGAAAUUAUGUUUAUAUAUGUGAAUUCAUUUCAUUACAGUGCAAUUAUAGCAAGAUUUGAUAAUGAACUAAAAAAAAUCAUUGAAUGUGUUUGUAGUGUAUACUAUUACGUAAAGUGUUUAAAAAAUCGUAAUUUGAAGUGUAUGCCUUCCUAAAUCAUAUGUAAUAUAUUUUGCAUUUUUCAAUACUGAUGAUAUAUCUUCAAUAGAUGUUUAACUUCUAUACAGUUAUUCGCUAUUUUAAACUAUAUAAUCUUUCAACAUAUGUCUUCAGAUUUUUAUGAUUGAUUUAUAGUUUAAUAAUUCAUCUACGCAUUAAUCGAUAUCUUAUUGCAUUGCAAUAGAUAUUAAAAACUAUCGACUGGUUUACUUCAUACAAUGAUGUCUGUAAAAUUGUACAAAUUAGUGAACGUCAUAUAAAUUUUCUAUUAACUGAACAUCCACAAAAUUUUACAUCAAAAGAAACAUGUAGAGUAAUAUGUAAUACACAUGUAUUUAUUGUAAAAUUAGGAAAAAAAUGACAAAUAUGGUAUUUGCCAACAAGAUGAUCACAUUCUUAAAAGAGAAAAAAAUAUUAACUUUCUCCUCUUUUAUAGAAUUUAUACUUUCGCAAUUGAGAAGUAGAUAAGAAUUAUAUUUUUGCGUUCAUUCUUUUAAAGUACCAUAGUUUUGUAUUCUAUCCGAAAACAAUGUGAGAUAUUGUAAAUAUUAGUAUAAGGUGAUAGUUAUAUUCGAUGUAUAUUUAACUCCGGAAUAACUCACAUAGUAUUCUGCUUUCAUGUAGAAAAAUAAAAUAAAAAGACUAGAUCCCUUAGUUUUGCUUCAGUUAAAAAAAAAGAUUGAAUAUAACUAUGAUAUUGUAAGUAGAAGAAAAGAAAUUGGUUUUUAAUUAUUCAAUGAUCAAUAUCCAAAAGAGUAUUAAAAUAUUUCUCAGUAAAAUUAUAGUGACGAUUUAAAAAACGAAUAAGUUUUUUGCGAAAACAUUGUAUUUCAUGGUUUAUCCAUUAGGAUGUCACAAGCAAUAUCAAGUUUGCUAUAUUUCCGAAACAGAUAUCUGCGAAUUUUAUAUCUAUUAAAAAAAUGAAAGUCACAAGUUUUUUAUAUUUACGCAUUAAUUUUUCUUAAACCUAUGAUCGUAUGAACGCUAUGAUUUUUUUCAUCAUAGCGCCGAUUAUUUUUUAUUAUAUAAAAUUACUUGCAUAAAUAAUAUACCUUUAUUAAGCUAUCAAAGGAAGAAAAAAAGAAAUUAUUUUGUAGACUAUUUUAUUCGUGUAAAGUGAAUUUAUCAAUGGUAAAAGUUUUACAAUUUUAGCGUGCAUUUCUGUAAAUAAUAGUAUAUACACCUUAUAGUAUCUGGCCAGGUCAACGCGGAAUUGUAUACUACGUUAUUUUGUGUCUUACAUAUGUACGAAAACAAAAAAUGAAGUACAUGGAAAAUUAUAUCACAUUAGAAAUCUGCUAGUUUAAGUUUUUAAUUGCAAAGUGAUAUUCUAAACAGUGAGCUAUUUAUAAUUUAUUACUAGCCAAAUACAGACUGCGCGUAAUAAAACAAAAAAUAUGUUGUAAAUAUAUAAAAUAAGAAUUGAAAUAAAUAAUGUAGUGAAAUAAU